CUCCGAUUAGGCUCCGAUGGGUUUGAGAAGGUGCUCAUACGUUACGACGCUAUCGGGGCGCGUCGACGCAUUCUAGGUGGUGCUCGCGGCUCGUCUCGCUCUUCCAGAGCGCGAACGCCUCGCAGUCGCGCAGCGCCGGCGCGACGGCGUACUUCCGGCCGAUCCAAGGCUUCGUGUAGAGCAUGUGGUACGCGAGCACCUCGAGGUCCCGCGCGACCGUGACGUCCGGCGUCGCCCCCGCCCGGAAGACGCACUCGGAGCAGUGCGCGAUGGCGAACUGGGGGACCUGUGUGAAAAUCAAAAUUUUGCGGCGUGUUCUGCUGAAUCGUCGCGUCGACCUCCACGCCAUCGACGCGACGCCUUCUCAACGGCGUGGCGGUAUGGGUCUCCCACCACUCGACGGAGCCAGCACGGCAGCCUCAUUGCCGAGAAAUGACUUCAUGAGUGCACCCGGCACACUGGUUGAUUUCCACACAGUGGGGGACGACGUCUUUGGAGCAGUAGCACGGGCCCCGGUACGCCACGCGCAGGCGGCCGCGGGCCCACGUCGCGCGCAGCGCCGCGGGCCGCUCCAUGAGCGCGCGGCCGCCGGACACCGCGUCCUGCAGGAACAGGCGGCUCGUCGGCUUCGGCCGGAGCUUGCCGUUCAGGUGCAUCUCGAGCAGCGCGUGGCCGAAGUCCGUCGCGGAGCCGCGCCCGUGCCACUCGUCGAAGACCGAGUAGCCCGGCGAGCGCACCGCCUCGCGCCAGCCGGCGCCCCGGAAGGCCUGCAGCACGCGCGCCGUCGACCGGAAGAGCAUGAAGUUGCCGUUCGCCAGGGGGUAGGGGUGCCAGCUCGAGGGCACGAGCAAAUCAUCAGACGCCGUCAGCAGGUCGACCUCGGCCGCGAGGUCCCCGAAGAGCACGUCGGCGUCCGCGAAGCCGACCCACUCGUGGCGCGCGCUGACCUCGGGGAAGAGCACGGGCCACAUGGGCUUGAGGUCGCAGAUUUUAUUUUUGACGCUUUUGAUUUCCAUGUCGGCGACGCCCAGAUACUUCGCGACGCGCGCCCGCAGGCCGGCGAGGUCCAAUGGAAUCUCGACGCAGUUGACGCACGUCACGUUCGCCGGCGCGCCGAUAAAAUAGUACGUCACGCUCCGCGCGUUCGCGCGCGCCGAGGCCUCGAGCGCGGGCAGCCACGGCGGCCAGCUCGCGCGGAACGCGUCCUGGCGGUGGCGCGGGUCCGCGAUUCUUAAAUAGAUGAGGCCCGCCUUCGUGGUUUCCGGUCGUCGCGUUCGUUCGGUGCGCGCGUAGAGCACCAUGAAGACCGCGACGGGCGCGGCGAGAAGGAGUCGGGGCAGGAGCGCCGCCGGGCGGCGCCGCGGGGGAUGGUCCUUCAUGUGUUUGUGCGGUCGGAGAGCUGCCCUUUCAGCAGCCCAGACACCGAAUGCAUGCCUCUUUGAACAGUGGUGAACGGCACAGCCUGGAGGCUGCCCAGUUUUAAC